UCAAACCCCAGAAGACUUGGAACGAUGCCAUGAGCAGCUUAGAUAAAGGCUCAGUGGCUCUGUGAGGCUCAGUCAUUUAGCUUUCCCUGAGCAAACCUUCAUGUCUGGUGGUUGUUUCACCUUAUAUUCUGAAAAACAUUCUCCAUAGCAUCAUGAAUCUUUGGUUCAGCAGUCUUUUUCUGUUGGUGAGGUUGUUUCUUAGCAGCUCGGCUCUGACAACUGAAGAAUGCAAACCCCAGGUCAAACCCUUUUCAACUUUCUAACCGAUAAACCAUGAGCCGGUGGGUUGACUUCUGUCCAUGGUUAUGAGGCCCCAUCAUAUGAUUGUGGAUGUGGGGAUCAGGCUCAGUCUUUUCCUGGUGGUUGGGUUUUUCAUGAGCAGCUCAGCUCAGUCAGUUGAAGAAUGCAGGCCUCUGGUCACACCUCUUCCUACUUUCGAACCGAGUUAUGGAAAGUGGAUCUUCAUCAUGGGUUGGAUUGAUAGUGAACCAUUUAAAGUAUUGUUCAGAUCAGCAAAGAGCCAGUGGAUUAAUUUCCGUGAGACACCGGGACAACCCAAGGAACUUGUUGAGGAUAUUGGGAUCAGGCAUCCUACAUAUUGCAAGUAUGGAUCAUCCCCUGUAACUCUUCAUAUGAACACUGCAGUAACUGACAAGACAAACUUCAGCUGCACAUAUCACUCUCUUCCAACCUGUGAGGGAUGUCUGCUGUAUACCGUCAACAGCAGAAACAACAACAAUUUACUUCCAAUUAUGAACAUCGUCAACCCCACAACCAUUCAUGAGGUCAAAGGCUAUCGAGCUUUUUACCUGAUGGCUAAAGAAAACCACGUCAAGCACUAUGACAUGAUGCAUACCAUGAAGCAGGCGAGGUGUCUUGGUUUCACAGGAGAACCAGACUUCAUCUACAACCCUGAGAAUUCUCUCUGCAGUAAUGACGAUGAUAAUGACGAUGAUGAUUGAAGCUAUUUUAGGAUGAAGUCAUAACAAACAUCCGGGACAAACAAUGCAAGCUUCAAAUUGUGGAAGUAAAAAAAGAAAAA